AUGGUCACGAUACACCCGACGCCAGUGUAUGCUAUUAAGACACGAUUGGCAACCUCCGCAAAGGGCAAGCAACAAGGAACCAAGGUCUUUCUCAACGUCUGUUACGACUCCAAUGUUCCUAGCCCCGAUACUCCGUUUGGACCAGAAACUCUUCGCAACCUAGAGCAGGGCAUCGACUGGCACAUGCCUGUGGUGCUGGGCAAGGAGCGAAAGGACACCGAUAACAAAAAGCAACUGUGUUACGUGUGGGACUGUGUGGUGUCUCUGUCGGUUCUGGAGGCCUCCAUGUCGUCCAUUGAGGUCAAGUCUCUCUUGAUCGAGACAUGCAUGGGGUUAGUGGAGAUGAACUAUGGGCUAGUUCUGAGCAGAGAAUUCACACUGCCCAAUCUCACGGCCAAGGGCACGCCGGCAGCAAUCAAACUCAGGGCCGAGGGCGACGAGGGGGUCUCGGGUGAAGACGUUGACAUGGGAUCGUCUUCAGAGACGUCAUCAUGCGAGGCAUCAUCCUCGUCAGAUGAUAACAUGGCAGAUGAUAUUGAUGCUGUUGCAGGCAACAUUCUGCAGUCUCGUGGAGAUGAUCCGGUGGCAAAGAACAAGUCAAAGACAAAGCCGGAUGAUACACCCAUGCCUAUGCCUCCAGGUAUGGAGUGGAAGCCUGAUGUCUUGGAUAAGGUGAGCAUGGAUAAGGAGCAACGGGAGAAGGAAAGACUUGUGGAAGAAGUCAAGUCUGCGGGAUCAAACAAGAAUUUCAUCAUCACACACUCGAUCCGAAAAUUCAAGCCCAAAACCCCCGACACACAAAACCCUCCUGCCUUCGAAAUAGAAGUGGUCUUUGAUCCCACAGCAGAUAUGACCUGUGAGCUCGUACAGAAGGGCUCUAACCUGGAGCUGGUCGGAAAAGACGGAAAAUACACGGUCCCCCUGUUUAAAAGCAUGUUGAAGGCCAAGUUCGAAGCAUACCUUGUUCAAAAGGAGCAUAUCAUGUGGAUUUUCGUUUGGCCCACGGUUUAA